UCUCAUCCUUAAUUGUUGUGAAAAUUAAACCUAAUACUCUUUCUCCACGUUUUGAGCUCGUGAGCGUCCUCUACUCGAAUUUUUUUUUUUUUCUAGGGAUUGUUCUCCGAAUCCUUCGAAGCGGGGGAUUCGUACGGUUCUUUUGUUAGUAGUAUAUCUGUUUCGCCAUAAUGAGAUUUCUUCAUGGAGCUCCUCCACCUACUUGCCCUGUGGACCGGCGUUGUUUGCAGUGGGCUCAGAUUUACCUGAAAUAUUGUGUCUGUGGUGCAAAGGAUGAAAUUGCUUUGUUGCUUGGAUUGGUCAGUGUUGUUAGUUGGGGCAUUGCCGAGGUUCCGCAGAUUAUCACGAAUUAUAAGACGAAGUCUACGGAAGGCCUUUCGGUGGCUUUUCUUAUGACUUGGAUCAUAGGGGAUUUAUUUAACCUUGUUGGUUGCCUACUGGAACCUGCUACUUUGCCAACACAGUUUUACAUGGCUUUGUUAUACACAGCAACUACAGUGGUCUUAACAGGACAGACUAUAUACUAUAGUCACAUUUAUCCACGACUCAAGGCUAACAAAAGUAGAGCAUCUAGCAAGGAAGAAGAAAAUUCAGCAACUGAAAAGCUAUUGGCGUAUAAGGAUGACCACAAAUCUAAAGCAAGUGACCAAGCAAAUGGAGACAGUUCUGGAAUUGAAGGAAACCAUAUGCGAAGCUCACCAAUUCCUGUUGACCCAACCGUAAUUCAACGUUAUACUUCUGACGGCAGGGAUUUCUACUAUAUGUCGGCACGAUCUCUAUCAAGCAGCCCAAUACCAAUAGCUGGUUCUUGGUUACCUCAUUCACCUUAUACUAGCAGGACACCCCUGCUCACACAAACUCGAUUUCUUUCAAGAGAACCAUUACUAGAUGGUCUUGUUCCAACACAAUCUGCGCCACCAACAAGCAAUACAAGAAAUAUACUCUCCGUGGUACCUUUUACGGCGUUCUGCCUGGUUAUGUAUUUUAAUUACUUCUCUAUAGGCAAUACAUUCAAUACAUCGCCUCAUGGAACGGUUCUACGGUUGGGCCGGAAGCUUUUACAGGUGAAAAGAGGCGACUCAUCACUUCAACAUAGUGGCGAAAACAGCGGGAUUGGAAGCUUCCUCGGCUGGGCAAUGGCCGCUAUAUAUAUGGGGGGCCGACUUCCUCAAAUUUUCUUGAAUAUUAGGCGAGGAAAUGUAGAGGGCCUCAAUCCGCUAAUGUUUACAUUUGCUUUAAUUGGAAAUGCAACUUAUGUAGGAAGCAUACUCGUAAAUAGUUUGGAUUGGAAUAAAAUCCGGCCAAAUCUUCCAUGGCUAGUUGAUGCUGGGGGAUGUGUGCUUCUUGAUUCCCUUAUAAUCCUUCAAUUUGUGUACUUCCAUCUUCGAACAAGAAAGAAUCACGAAGACGCAGAUACUGAUUAGUCUGAGAGGCUGUAGUAUUCUUCCGGCUAACAAUGGGUGGCCUUUUAUUGAGAGGGAUGUCGGCGCCGAAUUUGAAAUUGAGUUUUGUUGAGAUCGCAAAGAUUUUAUUAUGUUUCUUAAGAUGUGGGAGAUCUCUUAUAUAUGUUCACAAUUUUGAUUAACUAGCUACGUUAUCCUGUUGAAAUUU